AUGACAGGCGUCUUCGCAAAGCUCCAGGACAAGAGCCUGCUGGUUUCUUCCGGUCUCGUCGCCGGCGAGUGGAAGAAUGGUCAGGACGGCAAGACUUUCCCAGUCUACGAACCGUCAAGCGCGACGGUCGUUUACGCCGCUUCUUUCAUCUCUUGGUUCGCUGAGGAAGCGACACGGUCAUACGGCGAUACUAUCCCCUCAUCCUACGCCAACACCACCGUCUUGACCUUCAAGGAGCCCGUAGGUGUCUGCGGAAUCAUCACCCCUUGGAACUUCCCAGCAGCCAUGAUCACCCGCAAGAUUGCCCCAGCCUUUGCGGCGGGAUGCUCAGUCAUCAUCAAGCCACCAAGCGAAACCCCUUUCAGUGCACUGGCUCUGGCCAAGUUGGCGCUCGCUGCUGGAAUUCCGUCAGAUAUCAUCCACGUGGUGCCUACCAAAGAUAGAGAGGCGUCGAUGGAGCUUGCCAACAACCCCAUUGUGAAGAAGCUUAGUUUCACUGGGUCAACUGGGGUCGGCAAGAUGCUCACUAAGGCUGCGGCGGGUACGAUGAAGCGCGUGAGCAUGGAGUUGGGCGGAAAUGCCCCGUUCAUCGUCUUUGAUGAUGCGGAUAUCGAUCAAGCUGUCGAGGGUGCCUUGAUUUGCAAGUUCAGAUGCUCCGGACAGACAUGCGUGUGCGCAAACAGAUUGCUCGUCCAUGAGGCGGUCAAGGACCAAUUCAUCGAGAAGCUCGUAGCCCGCGUAAAGCAGUACAAGCUCGGUCGAGGAAUCGACGAGGGCGUCACACAGGGCCCUCUCGUUAACGCCGCCGCCGUCCAAAAGGUCGACGCCCACGUACAAGACGCGCUGAAGAAGGGUGCCGUCCUUCACACGGGCGGUAAAGCACCAGAGGGGCUCAAGGGCGCGGCGGAGGCACCGUUUGGUGGUGUGAAGGAGAGUGGACUUGGCCGGGAGGGCAGCAAGUAUGGACUGGCAGAGUACCAGAACAUCAAGUCUGUUACGAUUGGCAACCUUGGCUUCAACUGA